AUUCGCUCUCUUCUCUCUCUCUCGCUCGCUCGCUCGCUCAGGAGACGAGGAAAUGUUCUUCCUUUCUCGUCUCUGAACUCUGAAGACUCUCUCAAACCCCAAUAGCUUCGUCUUUGGAAUCUACAAGAGAAGUCGGAGAUCACUAUAAUUGUCAACAGGAAAAUUGACAACAAGGGGGAAACAGGGAAGCUUCGAUCAGAGCUCUCUCUCUCUCUCUCUCUGUAGAUUAGUGGUGUUUGUGGGAGUUGCAGAAGGAGAAAGACUAUAUAAAUUUAUGGCCAUGGGUCCUGAGAGGUCAAAGCCUCUGCACAAUUUUUCGAUGCCUCGCUUGAAAUGGGGGAAUCAGAGGCUUCUCAGAUGCAUGAAGGUGGAUUCAAAUGGAGAAAUUACCUCCUUCCAACGGAGGUUUUCGGCUUCUGGUGGCCAAUCCGAAGGUUCGGUCACCCGACGCAGGGAAUUCGCGUCAUUGAAGCGAAGAUAUCCGAACGGCUUGGAAAGCCUCAAGAAGUCACAGCUGCCGCCGAUUGGAGCUUCUGCGGGGAAAUCCAAGACUGACAAGGAUGUAGACGAUGGGCUUGAAGAAAUUAGGGCAAAGCUCGAGCUUCAUCUCCGAACCGCCGCUGAUAAGCUAAAUGCCGCGAUGCAAGAGGUGGGUGAACAAAAUGAAGCACCGGCCGCGGCGGCGAGGCCCUGGAAUCUCAGAACGAGAAGAGCGGCUUGUAAAGCUCCCGUUGAAACUACUGCUUCUGGAGGAGGAAGAGGUUCGAGAAAUGAAGAGCGUCAGCAGAAUUCUUCUUCUCUUCGGACUGGUAAUUCGACCAUGAAAUCGAAUCGGAUGCAAGGUGUAGCUGCGGCGCAGGGUGUCGAGAAGGAAAAGAAGGAGCGCCCAAAGUUCUCAAUCUCUCUUUCUCGAGAGGAGAUAGAAGAGGAUUUUUUGACCAUGACAAGGACGAGGCCGCCUCGAAGGCCAAAGAAACGGCCUAAGAUCAUACAGAACCAGCUGGACGCAAAUUUCCCCGGUUUGUGGUUGACAGAAGUAACACCGGAUUCGUACAAAGUUCCUGAUCUUCCUGAACGUGGAAAGAGGUAGAGAUGAACCCAGAAAUGGUAUCUGGAAAUUUAAGAAUUUCUGCUUGCUGACCAUGGAAACGUUGUAACCUCAACUAGUGGUAUAUCAAACAAUCCAUCUGUAAAUAAUAAAAUGUUCAGAUUUCUUGUUUACAUGAUUUGCAACUUCGAUUCAAAUUUUAAUUUCAUUUACUAAAUCCAUUUCAAUUUCAUUUA